UGUCACCACCAAUUCUCAAAGAAUCACAAAGGCAGAAAACUCCCCAAUCUGUGGAAUUUCCGGAGGAGAGAGCACUUCCAUCGCGACGAGUUAUCAGCGAACAUCAUGUCUAAGCUCAGGAAUCUGUUGCCCACAAUCUUUGGCGGCAAGGAGGCGCAACAUCCGCCCGAGGGACACCUGGAAAAGGAUGCAGCGCCUGUGGACGACAGCGAGACAGAUAACAACAACAGCGGAGCCCUGGCGCUGCCCUCCUCCAUUGGCACGCCCACCGCCUCGGCGGAUCUUACUGAAUCCGUGCUGCGCGAGCUGAGUGAUCCCAACUACAACUCCAUGGACGUGGUUCAGUCCGCCAAUAUCCCGGGCACCGUGAGCAAUGCCCAGACGAACAAUACCAUGAACGUCCACAGCGCCCAGCAACAGGUGGUCAUGAAUUUCUCGAAUGCCAGCAACCUGCAUUUUGGCUCUGUCUACAACAUCAACCAGAACCUCAGCGCCAGCAGUUCGCGCAAGGGCAGCACCAGUGCCACCGAGGAGGCGGCCGCCCAGCCGGAGGGCAAGCAGCGGUCCAAUCCCGCUCGCAAAACAGUCAGCAUUGUGACCAUGAUGCAGUCUCAGGAGGAACCGGAUGUACGUCUCCUAGAUGUGGUCUCCACCCACUUGGGCGAGGGCUGGAAGCAGGUGAUGCGGGACCUGGGUCAGUCGGAGGGUCAGAUCGAUCAGGCCAUAAUCGACCAUCAAAUGCAUGGCAAUAUAAGAGAGGUGAUUUACCAGCUGCUGCUUCAGUGGGUUCGCAGCUCGGAGAACGGUGUGGCCACCGUCGGUCGACUCACCACGCUGCUAUGGGAGUCGCAGCAUCGGGACUGCGUGCAGCGCAUGAAACUGGUUUGGAAGGCACUGGAGAAACGCAAGACAAACAGCUAGCCGAUAAAUGGGAUUCAAGAACAACGAUGCCAGAACGAAAACGAUGCAUUCGGUUGUACAAGCCUGUGGGAGGAUAGAGACGGGAAUGGUUUCUUUACCCGACGUUUGCUAGAUUCAAAGACCUCCGCCGGACGACAUCCAGCAAUGAAGAGAGGAGACUAUCCGACGAUAUACAUAUGUGCAAUAUUUGUUUUAUUAAUCCAAGCCUUCGAAUAAGUGCCUAAAUGUUUGCAUUAACUAUUCUUACACCAGUUUUAUCUUUAAGAUGUGAUAUUUGUGUCGAAAAGGGAACCAGCACUUGGAGUUUGCAUUUCAAAGUAUUUUUGUAAAAUGUAUAGAAAUAGAAGCUUUAUUGUUACGUAA